AUGAACAAGAUGAAAAACUUCAAGCGGAGGUUUUCACUCUCGGUUCCUCGGACAGAGACCAUCGAGGAGUCGCUGACAGAGUUCACGGAGCAGUUCAACCAGCUCAACAACCGGAGGAAUGAAGGGCACCUGCAGCUGGGACACCUGGGCAGGGACUUCCGAGCGGACACCAGCCCCAUCUCCCCCUCCGAGGUGGAGGGCCAGUCCCCGAUGGCCGUGCGCUACCGCAACAGCAACCAGCGCCGCUUCUCCAUGGAGGACGUCAGCAAGCGUCUCUCCCUGCCCAUGGACAUCCGCCUGCCCCCCGAGUUCUUGCAGAAGCUGCAGAUGGAGAGCCCGGAGUUCCCCAAGCCCCUCAGCAGGAUGUCCCGGCGGGCGUCCCUCUCAGAUAUUGGGUUUGGGAAGCUGGAAACCUAUGUUAAACUGGACAAACUGGGAGAGGGCACUUACGCCACCGUCUUCAAGGGACGCAGCAAGCUGACCGAGAACCUCGUUGCUCUGAAGGAAAUCCGCCUGGAGCACGAGGAAGGGGCCCCUUGCACGGCCAUACGGGAAGUGUCGCUGCUGAAGAACCUGAAACACGCCAACAUCGUCACCCUCCACGACAUCAUCCACACGGAACGUUCCCUCACCCUCGUCUUCGAAUACCUGGACAACGACCUCAAGCAGUACCUCGACAACUGUGGGAACCUGAUGAGCGUGCACAACGUGAAGAUCUUCAUGUUCCAGCUGCUGCGUGGUCUGGCUUACUGUCAUGGGAGAAAGAUCCUGCACCGAGACCUCAAACCCCAGAACCUGCUCAUCAACGAGAGAGGAGAGCUCAAGCUGGCCGACUUCGGACUAGCAAGAGCCAAGUCAGUCCCUACGAAAACAUACUCCAAUGAGGUGGUCACGCUGUGGUACCGGCCCCCUGACGUCCUGCUGGGAUCUACUGAAUAUUCCACGCCCAUUGACAUUAGGGGCGUUGGGUGCAUCCACUACGAGAUGGGCAGUGCCUGCCUGCCUGCGGCGACGCCGGCACAGCCCAGCCUGGCAGCCGGGGAGAAGGGAACCCCGACAGAAGACACCUGGCCUGGAAUAACGUCCAACGAGGAGUUUAAGGCUUAUAAUUUCACGCGGUACCGAGCGCAGCCGUUAAUAAAUCACGCCCCCAGGCUGGAUUCAGAAGGCAUUGACUUGCUGAUGAACCUCCUUCUGUACGAAGCCAAAGGGCGGAUUUCGGCGGAGGCAGCCCUGCGGCACCCUUACUUCAAGAGCCUGGGAGAGCGGGUGCAUCUCCUGCCCGACAAUGCAUCCAUCUUCUCCCUGAAGGAGAUCCAGCUUCAAAAGGACCCUGGCUACCGAGGCUCAGCCUUCCAGCAGUCAGCCCGAGGGAAGAACAGGAGGCAGAGUAUAUUUUAA